UCGUUCAGAAGAGAAGCUGUGAGUUUUUGGGCUAUUCUUCUUUUUACAUUUCUUAGAGGUUACAAUAUUAAAGUUUCUGUAGUAGCUUCUGUAGAAGUUUUUGUUGAGUUGUCUUCGUUUAAAGAGCUUAUAUUUUGGCUGCUAGUUUCUGCAAUUUUAGUAGAGGAUGUUUCUGCAAGUUCAGAGGAAAUUUGCAUAUCAUUGUUGUAUGAGUUUUCUGAGCUAAAGUUGGCUUGA